UUCUUUUACGAAACGUCGCCGUUUAUGUUCGGUCUUUCGUCUUACAACCCCUAAUUUAUGUAAUUUUCCGCUAGAAAUGGUUUUUCGAAGAAAUCUUAAUAGGGAAACGCCAAAACUUCUUUUCUAUCUCCCUUUAUUUUAAAUUUUCUCUAAAUUACUGAAUUUAAGAAGUGAUGGCUGAAGAAGUUACUGCGGAGGCGGUGGCGGUGGCAUCAGAAGCGUCGGUGACAAUGACGGAGCAAACUCCAGGCCCGAGAAUGGCGGAAACCCUAGAAACACAAGGUUCAGUCGAAGCCACUAUUGAGUGUGCGGUUCAAGGAGGCAGCGAGUCGACGUGCAACAAUAACAGUAAUCCUGAAAGCUGUGUAGUUGCUCCGCAUGUUGAUCGAGAGAAGACGCUGGAGUUUGCCGAUGAGUUGACAGAGAGAGGAUCCCAGGCUUUCAAAGAAGAUGAUUUUGCCGAAGCCGCUGAUUGCUUUAGUCGCGCCCUUGAAAUCAGGGUUGCACAUCAUGGUGAACUUGCAACUGAAUGUAUCAAGGCUUACUAUCUCUAUGGGCGUGCACUGCUGUACAAGGCUCAAGAGGAGGCUGAUCCUUUGGGUUCUGUACCAAAGGAGGGUGAGGCUCAGCAAGAUGCGAAGAAAGAAGGGUCAUUUAAAAAUGCUUUAACUCGUGAAACUUCAGUUGCUUCUGUAUCAAGCACUUCUGAACAAGAUGGCAGUGGAAAAGGUGGGGAGGAAGAAGAAGAUAGUGACAACGAUGAUGCGGCUGAAGCUGAGGAUGCAGAUGAGUCUGAUUUGGAUUUGGCAUGGAAAAUGCUAGAUGUUGCCCGGGCAAUUGCUGAAAAACAACAGUUGGGCGAUACCAUGGAGAUAGUGGAUAUUUUAUCAGCUUUGGCUGAAGUUGCCUUGGAAAGAGAGGACAUUGAAUCUUCACUUGGUGACUACCAGAAAGCUCUAUCCAUUUUGCUACGGCUGGUUGAACCAGAUCACCGUCAAAUAGCUGAACUAAAUUUUCGAAUAUGUAUGUGUUUGGAAAUUGGCUCAAAGCCCCAAGAAGCAGUUCCAUACUGUCAGAAAGCCAUCUCAGUUUGCAAGUCUCGGCUGGAGAGGCUCAGAAAUGAAGUAAACAAUUCUUCAGAAUCAGCAUCAUCUGUAGCUGCUUCUGAAUUGGAUGAUGGUGUACAACAGUCCUCAAAUGGCUAUCAGACUGUUUCAUCUGUCAAAGAUAAAGAAGCAGAAAUCAAAACACUUGCUGGUCUUGCUGAAGACCUGGAAAAGAAGCUUGAAGAUCUACAACAGCUGGUCUCCAAUCCAAAGUCAAUUGUUGCAGAGAUCCUGGGAAUGGCAUCUGCCAGGGCAAGGGGUAGUGAGAAGAGUGCAUCACCUUCUGUGCUUAGCUCUUCACAGAUGGCUCCUGCUAACAGUGAUGGUCAUUUUGAUUCUCCUACUGUUUCAACUGCUAAUACAAGUGGGGUUCCGGCGGUCACACAUCUCGGCAUUGUAGGAAGAGGAGUAAAGCGCGUUUUGACAAGUACAGCAAUGGUAGAAUCAAACCCAAUAAAGAAACCUGCAAUUGAACCUUCAUCUGACAAAGGAGAUAGCAGCAGUGCGUCUUGAUGUUUCGGAUCUUAGAUUCCAGAAAUUGGUAGUCACUGGAGUAUGCUAUUUAAUCAUAGCUCGCUAAUGCUUGAUGUUAACAGAUUCUUCCGUAGCCGCUAAACUUAUGCUUAUUAUAACUGUUAUCUGUAUUCUUAAUUGACAUGCAUCUGAAGAACAAACUCUUAUCUCUUAGAGCAUUUGGCUUGACAUUUUGCCUCCUCUUGGCAAAUUCAUUAUCUACUAAUGUAUCCAAUAUGUAAUCACAGUAUCAAUGGUAGAUCUUGUGAAAAUUAUUGAUACAGUUGCGAUGAACCAAA